CACGAGAUUUUCAUUUUUCCAUUUCUAUUUUCUUUCUUCCCAUAAAUCACGCGUAAUCUUCGAGUAUAUAUAGCAACGUUAACACUCACAUAUCUUAAACAGACAUAAACACAAACACCUUCUGCGCACUUCUCAACAAUGGCUUCGUUACCCAAACCAACUCCACUCUUGAAAGACGAACUCGACAUCGUCAUCCCUACGAUCCGUAACCUUGAUUUCCUGGAGAUGUGGAGACCCUUUUUUGAACAGUAUCAUCUCAUCAUUGUUCAAGAUGGUGACCCUUCUAAGGUUAUCAAGGUUCCUGAAGGUUUCGAUUAUGAACUGUAUAAUCGGAAUGAUAUCAAUAGGAUCUUGGGUCCUAAAGCUUCGUGUAUCUCCUUCAAGGAUUCGGCUUGUCGUUGCUUUGGGUAUAUGGUUUCGAAGAAGAAGUAUAUCUACACCAUUGAUGAUGAUUGCUUUGUUGCUAAAGACCCAACUGGGCAUGAAAUCAAUGCACUUGAGCAGCACAUUAAGAAUCUCCUUAGUCCAUCCACUCCAUUUUUCUUCAACACCCUUUACGACCCAUACAGAGAAGGUACUGAUUUCGUCCGUGGAUACCCUUUCAGUCUUCGUGAAGGUGUCCCCACUGCCGUUUCUCACGGCCUUUGGCUCAACAUACCUGAUUACGAUGCUCCAACUCAGCUUGUCAAGCCCCAUGAGAGGAACACUAGGUUUGUUGAUGCUGUUCUGACCAUUCCCAAAGGAAGUCUGUUCCCCAUGUGCGGUAUGAAUCUGGCAUUUAACCGUGAACUGAUUGGACCUGCAAUGUACUUCGGACUCAUGGGUGAUGGUCAGCCUAUUGGACGCUACGACGAUAUGUGGGCUGGAUGGUGCAUAAAGGUUAUCUGUGACCAUUUGGGAUAUGGAGUGAAAACCGGACUACCUUACAUUUGGCACAGCAAAGCAAGCAACCCAUUUGUUAAUCUGAAAAAGGAGUACAAAGGUAUCUUCUGGCAAGAAGAGAUCAUUCCAUUUUUCCAAGCUGCAACCCUUUCAAAAGAUUGCACCUCUGUUCAGAAAUGCUACAUUGAACUCUCCAAGCAAGUCAAGGAGAAACUUGGAACUAUUGAUCCCUAUUUCAUCAAACUCGCCGAUGCCAUGGUCACUUGGGUUGAAGCUUGGGAUGAGAUUAAUAACAACAAAUCUGAAGAGACAACUUCAACCAAAGCUUCUGAGGUUGCUGCUACCAAGUGAAACAACUUAUAGUUGAUGAGGAAGAGAGUAGUUUUCAAUCAGUUUUAUUAUUGUUAUCAUAUUUGUUAGCAUUAUAUUAUGAUUCUUGUUGAUUUUGCUAGAUUCCAGAACAAUUUAUUGAUAUUUAUGUUAUUAAUAUUUAUAUUA